CUCUGAUGGAAACAUAGAAUUAUCCAUUAUCCAUUAUCUAUUAUCUAUUAUUUAUCUCUGUACUUUGUAAACAAUCAAGAACACAGCCAUUAAACAUCCAUAUCAUAUAUACAUUAUCAUUCGAAAGGAACCUACACAAAAUAAAACAAAACAAGAAAGAAAAAUGACCUCCCCACCCCAACUCCAACAAACCCAACAGCAACAACAGCAACAACAACGCCGCACGGAAGAAGCCAAAACUGCCUUCACGGCAACCCUAACCUCCGUCUCGCAAAAUCUCGACAGUGAGCUCAUCGAACGCACGAAAAUCCUCCACUCGAACGCCUCCGCGCUGGGAAAACAGACGGAGGACGUACGUCGGGCGACGGCCGAUCUGGGUCGGCGCAAUGAUGAGUUGGAGAAGGUUGUUGAUGAGGGGUGGGCUGGGCUGAAGGAAAUUGGAGAUGUGCAGAAUUGGGCGGAGUUGAUUGAGAGGGAUUUGUUGGUUCUUGAGGAGACGCUGAGGCUGGUUGAGAGUCAUCAUCAGGAUCAUGGUGAUGAUGGUGAUUAUGAUGGGGACGAGGAGCGGGAGCAUGAUCAAAAUCAGGAUCGGGAUCAGAUUAAAUGGGAUGGGAAGGAUAAAGGGAAACGGACUUCGUGGAUGAAGUGGUGGUAGAUUUUGUAUUUACAUUAUAAUUAGUUUUUUGAUCCAGAUGCAACGACAGUCUCGGAGUAUA